UAAUUAAAGAAUUUAAUUAAUGGAGGAAUCAAAAUUAAGAAUUGCUAUCAUCAAUAAAGAUAGAUGUAAACCAUAGCGUUGUGCUUUGGAAUGCAAGAAGAAUUGUCCAAUAAAUAAGAGUGAGAAACUGUGUAUUGAGGUUACAAAGUAAAGUAAACUAUGUACAAUAAAUGAACCAUUAUGCAUUGGAUGUGCAAUAUGUGUUAAGAAAUGUCCAUUUAAAGCAAUUAUGAUUAUAAACUUACCAAAAGAUUUAUCAAGAGAAUUGACUCAUUAAUAUGGAGCAAAUUCUUUCAAAUUACAUAGAUUACCUACACCUAGACCAGGUUAAGUAUUAGGAUUGGUUGGAACAAAUGGUAUAGGGAAAUCAACAGCAUUAUAAAUUCUAAGUGGUAAGGUGCAACCAAAUUUGGGAUUAUAUAAAGAGCCGCCUUCAGUUGAAUAGAUUUUAAAAUACUUUAGAGGAAGUGAAUUAUAAAGUUAUUUAUAAAAAGUAUUUGAAGGAAAGGUUAAAGCAGUGAUUAAACCUUAAUAUGUCGAUUCAAUUGGUAAGGCAGUAAAAGGAAAAGUUGGUGAAGUAAUAAAGAAUAAAGAUAAAUUGAAUAGAGCAGAUUAAUUAUUAAAAGACUUGGAAUUAAAUCAUUUAUUAGAUAGAGAAAUAGGAAUGUUAUCUGGAGGUGAAUUAUAAAGAUUUGCUAUAUUGAUGGCAUGCAUAUCAGAAAGUGAUUGUUUAAUGCUUGAUGAACCAACAUCUUAUUUAGAUAUAAAGUAGAGAGUAGUAGCAUCAAGAAUUAUUAGAAAUUAAGUGAGAGAUAAUAAUUAUUUAAUUGUAGUGGAACAUGAUUUAUCUAUUUUAGAUUAUCUAUCAGAUUUUAUAUGUUGUUUAUAUGGUGAACAAACAGCUUAUGGAAUAGUUACUAUGCCUUUUUCAGUAAGAGAAGGUAUUAAUAUCUUUUUAGCUGGAUUUGUACCAACAGAGAAUAUGAGAUUUAGAGAUUAUGAAUUAAAUUUUAAGAUUUCGGAUAAUUUAGAUAUGUUAGAAAAUCAAAAAUAAAAGAAAAAUUAUUAAUAUCCUGAUAUGAAAAAAGUAUAAGGGGAAUUUUCAUUGUAAAUAAAAGCAGGAGGUUUUAAUAAUUCAGAAAUUGUUGUUUUAUUAGGAGAAAAUGGUACAGGAAAAACUACAUUUAUAAAGAUGUUAGCAGGAAAAGAUAAAGAUGCUGUUGAUAUUCCAAAAUUAAGUGUAAGUUAUAAACCAUAAAUGAUUGCACCUACAUUUGAUGGAACUGUUUAAGAAUUAUUUAGAGUUAAAUUAUAGGAUAGUCAUAGAAAUCCAUAAUUUUAAACUGAUGUUUAUAAACCAUUAAGGAUUGAAGAUUUAGAAGAUAAUGAAGUAAAGAAGUUAUCAGGAGGAGAAUUAUAAAGAGUUGCAUUAAUUCUUGCUUUAGGAAAACCAGCUGAAGUCUAUUUAUUAGAUGAACCAUCAGCUUAUUUAGAUGCAGAAUAAAGAGUUGCUACAUCUAAAUUAAUUAAAAGAUACAUCAUGAAUACUAAAAGAGCAGGAUUUGUUGUCGAACAUGAUUUUAUUAUGGCUACUUAUUUAGCAGAUAAGUAAUCAUUAUACAUAUUUCUCAAGAGUUGUUGUUUAUGAUGGAGUCCCAGGAAAAGCCUGUGUUGCUAAUGCUCCAGAAGAUUUAUUAUCAGGAAUGAAUAAAUUCUUAAAUGUACUUAAUAUCACAUUUAGAAGAGGUAUAUAUAUAUAUUUUAUAUAUUCUUUUAAGAUCCUACAAACUUUAGACCUAGAAUCAAUAAAAUGGAUUCACUCUUAGAUAGAGAAUAGAAAUAAAGUGGUAACUAUUUCUGUUUAGAUGAAUGAAAAUUGUUAUUAAAUUUAAAUCAAUUAUAAUUAUAUUCUU